AGUUGUUCAUGAUAAGGAAAAUUUAUCACCCUACUCAUCAGAUAAUGAUGACGAUACUACACGUUCACCUCGACCUGGAGAACAAAAUGGUCGUGAAUAUCAUUUUGUGCCCCGAGAAAAGUUUUUUGAAUUGAUUAAACAAAAUAAAUUUAUAGAACAUGCAGAAUUUUCUGGGAAUUUAUAUGGGACUAGUGUGGAUGCUGUUAAAGCUGUGGCAGAUCUAGGAAAAAUUUGUAUACUAGAUAUAGAAUUACAAGGUGUUAAAUCUGUCAAGAAAACAGAUUUGAAUGCAAGAUAUUUAUUUAUUGCACCACCAUCAAUAGAAGUUCUUGAAUCACGUCUUCGAAAACGUGGCACAGAAACAGAAUCUUCCAUCGAGGCACGUCUAAAAGCAGCCAAAGAAGAAUUGGAAUAUGCAGACCUAGAAGGAUCUCAUGAUUUCAUUGUUGCUAAAUUAGAAAAAUUGAAAGAAGAGAUUGCUGAAAGUGUAAAGAAAGCUGGCAUGGAGGCAGAAUUAGAUUCUUCCGAUAAGGCAAUCAAGAGGGAUCCUCCACCUGCACUAGAAUGGUGGGAUGUACCUUUAUUACCAAAUAAAACAUAUGACGAUCUUGAUGUUGGCUUGACCAAGAUUGAAAGUGAAGAUACACUUGUAACAUUAUAUGUUCAACAUCCAAUUCCUAUUAAACCACCAGGUGAUAAUAGUUUACCUCCGCCCAAACCAUUAAUUUUAACUAAGAGA